AAAUAGUCUCAUAGGCAACACGCAGCAUCAAGUCGCUCAGCGAAAUUUCAAAAACUAUCAUUCCACAAAUAUAAUUUAAAUUAAAUAAUCAAUAUGUUUGAGGCACGUUUGGGACAAGCCACGAUAUUGAAGAAAAUCUUGGAUGCCAUCAAAGAUUUGCUCAAUGAAGGUACUUUUGACUGCAGCGAUUCUGGCAUACAGCUCCAGGCCAUGGACAACUCCCACGUGUCGCUGGUUUCGUUGACGUUAAGAUCAGAUGGCUUUGAUAAGUUCCGCUGUGAUCGUAAUCUCUCCAUGGGCAUGAAUCUGGGCAGCAUGGCGAAGAUCUUGAAGUGCGCUAAUAAUGAGGAUAAUGUGACUAUGAAGGCACAGGAUAAUGCCGACACAGUUACCAUCAUGUUCGAGUCGGCUAAUCAAGAAAAAGUCUCCGACUAUGAGAUGAAAUUGAUGAAUCUCGAUCAGGAGCACUUGGGUAUUCCAGAAACAGAGUAUUCUUGUGUGGUGCGAAUGCCCGCAAUUGAAUUUGCGCGCAUCUGUCGUGACUUGGCUCAGUUCAGUGAAUCCGUUGUCAUUUGCUGUACGAAAGAGGGCGUCAAGUUCUCGGCCAGCGGUGAUGUUGGAACGGCCAAUAUUAAGUUGGCUCAAACUGGUUCAGUGGACAAAGAGGAGGAGGCUGUCACCAUUGAUAUGCAGGAACCAGUCACGCUAACUUUUGCUUGUCGCUACCUGAACGCCUUCACCAAGGCAACGCCACUCUCCACCCAGGUGCAGCUGUCCAUGUGCGCAGAUGUGCCGUUGGUGGUUGAAUAUGCCAUCAAGGAUCUGGGUCACAUACGCUACUAUUUGGCGCCAAAGAUUGAAGAUAACGAGACAUAAGGCUGUCGCGCGAUUUACCCAGAACGUAUUCAUUUUUACAUAUUUACAUUUACCGCAUAAUAAUUAUCUUACAUACGACAUCUAAGUUUUAAGAUCUUUCAUUCAGCAUUUCCUCGGGCAAAUAAAACAUAUUUCAAAACAUAAA